AUUGCAUUUAUGGCCACAAGCCAAAUGGUAAAAUGUGGCCGGACAAUACGGUUUUGAUCAUUAUCAGUGCGUUGGUUUUUUUGGUACAUUCUUUGCCGCCGAACAUCAUUCUGAACACUGUGCGAGAUGACUCAAAUUCAGUUGUUCAAAACGAAAGGUAUUUGCAGUUGUUUUUGCAACUGGCGACGCGAACAGCGGACAAUUUGAUCAGUUUAAGAAAUCAAGCUGAUAAAAACCACGAUUGUAAUCAAUCUCGCGAUAAUUUACUUUCAACGAUCGAGGAUUCGCGAAUCCAAUCGCCACUUGAAGUAAUUUCGGAACAAUUUGACGAAAUUCAAAACGAAAUCCGAAGCCAUUUAUUCUCGAGCAAUUUUGAAAACAAAAUUGAAAACACGUCAUCUAACGCUUUCGUGCAUGACGAAGUGUCUAGUUCUGGCAUUAAGCAAAAAUCAAUUUUCAAUUCAAAUACGGAAGAAGCAACUACAAGCGCGAAUAAGUCGAAUCCAGACGCACAGAGCUCUGAGAACUCAACAGAAGUGGAUGAUAUCGCUGAAAGAUUCUUUAAUUCAUUUAAUUUACAAAACAUCAAUACGAGCACUUCGAUAAAUGAGCCAUCCGAUAGAUUUAAAAAUAAAUUCCUCUUACAAACAAGCAAUUUGGCGCGACCAAAUCCAACGCUCGAAAGGAGUGAGCGGUUAUAUAAUAAGAUUAAUCGCACGUCGUUCGAUGCUGUCGAACAUAACGACGACGUAUUUACUUCUUCGCAAAAAUCAAUCUUUAAGCAUUCAGAUGAGAAAAGCGCAACUACAAAUGGGAGUGACUCCAAUUCAGACGCACAGAACUCCGAGAGCUCGGAAGUAGAUGAAAUCGGUGAAAGAUUCUUCAAUCCGUUUAAUCUGCAAACACCUCACGUGCUAAUAAACAAUCUAACAAGUACUGGAAAAAAAGUUCUUGCACAAACACAUAACUUGCUGCAAUCGACGCUUGAAAGGAGCGAGCGGGUUAACAAUACUCUCUGCCUGCAAAAUCUGUCGAGCAAACUCGACGAUGUGAGUGACGUACUUGAUCUGUCGUUGGACAAAAUUCGAGAAUACAUUUUAAAUCCACAAGUUACAAAUAACUCGACUGUGUUACAUCAAAUUGUGUCAAGUGCCAUAAACGUGGUGAAUUCGGUGAUUGAAAAAUUACCGUCAAGUUUCAGUAACGCGACUUUAUUCAAACAAAUUAUUCCACACAAUCUCGAAAAAUUACAGGCAAGUCUAAAUGACACGAAUUUAUUCGAUCGAAUUAUUUCACACAAUCUUACCAACACGCCGUUGCAAAUUGCCGAGAAGUUUUCCGAAGAUAUUUCGAAAAGUGGUCUAGAAUUUAUUAGCGCUUUGAGAUCGCAAGUCAACGAAUUAAGUUCACACGGUAAUCAAAAUAUUGAAUCAAAGGUUACUGAUGCCAAUAAGACGAACGUACACGAGAGAAACAAUCAAAAAUUAAACACCGAAUUGCUGUUCACGGAUAAUUCAAAAAUACAAAGUAACAACGAUCAAUCUACAACUAUCAAUCAUGAAAGUACACUCGCUUCUCUUCCCAAAUUAUUAUCAAAUUUUGACGAUCAUAAAAAGCACACUGACAAUUUGAACGGCGCAUGAAACGGUUUACAAGAAUUCUUCGGAAAACGUGAAUAAUAUCGGAGUCUCAGAACCAUCAAAAGAAGAUAAUCUAUCUAAUAUUACAAAAAAUCGAUUUUAAGUCUCAUCGAUAACAAUCAAUCAGAAUUAGACAGUUAUGUUCGUCUUAUCGGAAAGUUAUAGAACAGAUUGAGUAGUUGCAGAAUCGAUCUGUCGAAAGCAACGCUUCGGAAUAUUGACGACCAAUUGUUCAGCGCAUUGCGAUCUGACACGGAAAUAAACGAAGACCGUAACACGGCUAAUCAUUACGAUAAAAUCCCAGGAAAUGAUCGAACACUUAAUUUCACUAUUUUUUUUACUUUUCAACAAAUAAUCGAUACACAAGAGUCUUCUAUUACGAGAAGCAAGCGCAUCUCUUAUAUAAAAAAUGUAUAGUAAUAAUAAAAAAAAUUAUUAUUAUAAAUAGAAAAAUGCCAGAGAUUGG